ACAGAACCUCAUAUUCCCCACCGCAAUUUAUCCUCUACACCCAUUUCCACACUUACACUCUUCUUCUAACGCCAAAUCCACCACACAUCGUAGUCUUUUUUAAAAUCACGAAACGGAAACACGAUAAUAACUUGCACCUAGCCGCAGUAGAUCACCACCGCGAAGCUCUAAACACUUUGAAGCAAACCCUGCGUGAUACGUCACCGUUUUGAACAAGGCGAAUCGCGGAAACGACGUCGCUUAAAUCAACUGAGGAAAAAAAGUACAAAGCGCAGAGAAGAGAGAGAUGAGGGAGAAAAAAUGUUGUUUGUGGAAUUUUUGUAUUUUCUUCAUUGGAUAGUGAAAAGAUUCAAUUUUUUAAAGAGAAAGUGCUGUUAAGUGAAAUAGAGAAAAAACAGGGGUAAAAUUGGAAUUUGGAGAUGCAAACGGAGGCUAGGGUUGGUGUUGCGGUGGACGGUGGUGUACGGAAGUUGGUGCAGAAACAACCGCCACCGCAACAGAUUGGGACGCUUUCUCAGCUCCUCGCCGGAGGAGUUGCCGGAGCUUUUAGUAAAACAUGUACGGCGCCACUUGCGAGAUUAACUAUCCUCUUUCAGGUUCAGGGGAUGCAUUCCAAUGUUGCAACUUUGAGAAAAGCAAGUAUAUGGAAUGAGGCUUCAAGAAUAAUCCAUGAAGAGGGGUUUAGAGCUUUCUGGAAAGGGAAUCUGGUUACAAUUGCUCACCGAUUACCUUAUUCUUCAGUUAACUUUUAUUCUUACGAGCACUACAAGAAGUUGCUGAGAACGGUUCCGCAACUGCAAAGUAAUAAGGAUAAUGUCAGUGCAGACCUUUGCAUACAUUUUGUUGGUGGUGGACUGGCAGGCAUAACGGCUGCUACGUCUACUUAUCCCUUGGAUCUUGUAAGAACGCGACUUGCUGCGCAGACAAAUUUUAUCUAUUAUAGAGGUAUUGGACAUGCUUUACAAACAAUUAUCAAGGAAGAGGGAUUACUUGGGCUUUAUAAAGGACUUGGAACUACACUCUUGACUGUUGGGCCAAAUAUAGCAAUCAGCUUCUCCGUAUAUGAAAGCUUGAGAUCAUUUUGGAUGUCACACAGAUCGGACGAUUCACCUGUUGUUGUUAGUCUCGCAUGUGGCAGUCUUUCAGGCAUUGCAUCAUCAACAGAUAACUGCACCAAGUAUCUAACCAGACUGACCCCUAGAACCAGAGUCCAAGAUGGAGUUGUUAUUUUAUCUGGCAUUUGAGAAUUUAGUAAGGGAAGACAACAAAAGGGCACUUUCUGUUUUUCAGUAAAUUUAUUAUUGUCUAAAUAUCUUGCUGAAGUAAUCAUGUUCCCAAGUUUUAUUUCAUGACAUGUCUCCCCAAGGUAUGCAGCUGAUUCCGUCGAGGGAUGUCAUUUCUUGGAUGAACCUAUAUGAUUCCCUCCGUUACCAAAUGUGAGAGGUGUCCUCUUUGAGGUAUGCUUCUCACUUAGGUUACCUUCCCCUGAUGUUUGGACAGAUAUCAGAAUUCUUCAGGACUUGUUGGCAUGUUUCUGAAGAAUCUGUUCUUACUGAUUUAAUAGUAUGCUCAGCAUAAUCUUAAAUGAAGGAAAUUAUGGUAACAAAUUAUGAUAUAUCCCAUAAAAAAGUUCUAAUAUAGUUGCUCAUGAUAAAAGUGAAUGGAUAAAUGAAAUUGUCUACAUAGGAAAGAAGUAUAGUUCCUUAAAAGGAAUAAAAACCGUAUAUUACUGAGUUAGGUAUUUCGUGUCAAAACUGUAUUCUACAGACUCUAUAACUUCAUGCAUACAAAAUUCUAGUAGAACCAAUUUAUUAAUAGUAUUGUAAAUGUUUUCUGCCACUGCUACCACAACUGUAUGUUCAGGUAAGAGAUGUGGUUCUGCAUGCUAGAACUAGAGUUCCUUAAAAGGAAUAAACACCAUAUAUAACCGAGGUAGGUAUUUCAUGUCAAAACUGUAUUCUAUAGACUCUAUAACUUCAUGCAUACAAAAUUCUAGUAGAACCAGUUUAUUAAUAGUAUUGUAGAUGUUUUCUGCCACUACUACCACAACUGUAUGUUCAGGUCGGGUAUGUGGUUUUGCAUACUAGCAACUUUCUUCUCAAUCCCAAUAUUGUAUACAUUUUCUCUUUCUGGAUUUGUUUUAAAUUUAAAUGCCGGUAUUAUAAGAAUGACUUGCUCAUCUAUACCUAUCUUGUUGGAGAGUCUCGUGGCUUCAAUACUCGUUUACUGCUGUCUUAAUCAUGACAUGUGAAUGUAAAUUUUUGAAGUGCAGGUUUGCAACUUUGUCAUAGAUACAGAACCACUAUUAUAAUAAAUUCUGUUGUUCAUGUAGCUUAUUUAUUUUAAACAUGUUUAGUUUUGAUAAGAUUUCUGGUUCUGCUAUUGGUUCUCACCUGAGUAUAUAUAUCACAUUACCUGAUUUGAUGGUGCAUUUCGCAUAAAAAAAAGGAUUUUGUAAUAGUAGAUCUCUUUUAAACGAGAAUAGAUAUGGUUCAAUUAUUUUUUUUAUCCUAUAUGCAGCAACAUUUCCCUUGGAUCUUGUGAGACGGAGGAAGCAACUUGAGGGGGCCGGUGGGCGAGCCCGUGUGUACAAUACCGGUCUCUUCGGUACGUUCAAGCACAUUUUCCGAUCGGAAGGUUUACGUGGCCUUUACAGAGGAAUUUUGCCUGAAUACUAUAAGGUGGUGCCUGGUGUAGGCAUCUGCUUUAUGACUUAUGAGACAUUGAAGAUGGUUUUAGCGGAGAUUACUACUGCAUGAUUACACCAGCAAACUCUGGAGUCUUGAUCUGCAAGACUUAAAAUGUAUUAAGUUACUUAUUCAUGCAAAAGGGCUAGACCGAUAGGGUUAGCAUUUAUCAAUUGAAGUGUUCAUUUCAUAGAUUCUCUGGGUUGGAAGCAAUUUUGUAGUACUACUAGGGGAAUCGCAUUUUUGCCUGUACAGAAACUUGCACAACAUUUAAUAUUAGGCUGUUACUUAUUAUGUAUA